AUGUCGAAUCGUGAAAUAGUAGAGAUAUCUGAUGAUGAUGACAGUUUUGAGGUUUCUAAUGAUACUGAAAAUAAAAUACCUGUUUCUGAAAUAUCAUCAGAUGAAGAACACUAUGAACUGCCUGACUUAAAUUUAACGAGCCGAAAAAAUGCAAUAAAGAAUUUGUUUCCAACACAGCUAAACAACACUAAUAUUAAGUCCAAAAUAAAACAUACAAUAAACAGUGAAUCCUAUAAACCGGUUAAGUAUCCCAAUAUAUCAAAAGAGCCUGGUGUUGUGAUAACAAUUAAUAAUGUAAAAGUGAACUUCCCUGUCAAUCCAUAUAGCAGCCAAGUGGCAUUAAUGAAUAAAGAGAUAAAAGCGAUUACCAAUAAUCAAAAUUGCCUCCUUGAGAGUCCAACGGGUUCAGGGAAAACACUGGCAUUGCUUUGUGCUGCAUUAGCAGUGCAGAGAAAGGAAAAACGUAUCAUAAGAAUGGCGAAGCGUCAAUUGAUCACAAGUGGUGUCGUGACCUGGCCCAUCCAACCAACAAGUCCCACAAAUCAUGACAACUGUCGCACUACAAUCAGACGAGCCUACAUGAAAAUUGCGAUGCGAAUGCAUUUCUAG